GCCCCUCGAGAUGCCCAUCAUCAAGCCCGUCCGCACGGUCCGGUUCGAGGUCACCCCGGCCAGGGACUCCUCCUCCACCUACGUCUCCACCGAGUUCCUCCUCGGCCUAGCUUCGAACCCAGCCCUCGUCCGCCACGUGGCGCUCGUCGGCCACCUUCAGCACGGCAAGACCGUGUUCAUGGACAUGCUCGUCGAGCAGACCCACAAGAUCUCGACGUUUGAUACCGAGAGGGAGAGGCAUGUGAGGUUCACCGACACGAGGAUUGAUGAGCAGGAGAGGAGGAUCUCGAUUAAGAGUGUGCCCAUGAGCUUGGUGCUCGAGGACUCUAAUGGGAAGAGCUAUUUGUGCAACGUGAUGGAUACUCCCGGGCAUGUGAAUUUCUCCGAUGAGAUGACUGCUGCGUUGAGGUUGGCGGAUGGGGCCGUGCUUGUUGUUGAUGCCGCUGACGGGGUUAUGGUAAAUACUGAGAGGGCCAUACGUCAUGCAAUACAAGAGAGGCUUCCCAUUGUCGUUGUAAUAAAUAAGGUGGACAGGCUGAUAACGGAACUGAAGCUGCCACCACAAGAUGCUUAUUUUAAGUUGAGACAUACCUUAGAAGUCAUAAAUGAUUUGAUCACCUCUGCCUCCUCUAGUGCAGGAGGCAGCCAAACUGUUGAUCCUGCAGCUGGUAAUGUUUGCUUUGCUAGUGGAAGUGCAGGAUGGUCAUUCACACUUCAGUCAUUUGCUAAGCUAUAUGUAAAGCUACAUGGUAUUCCAUUUGAUGCUAACAAGUUCGCAUCGCGUCUGUGGGGGGACCUCUACUAUCAUCCUGACACUAGGACCUUCAGGAAGAAACCCCCAAUGGGUGGAGGUGAGAGAUCAUUUGUUCAGUUUAUCCUCGAACCAUUGUACAAAAUCUACAGCCAGGUGAUUGGAGAGCAUAAGAAAAGUGUUGAGACCACUCUCUCAGAACUUGGUGUUACAUUGAGCAAUGCUGCAUACAAGUUGAAUGUCAGGCCUCUGCUCAGAUUAGCAUGCAGUUCUGUCUUUGGUUCUGCCACCGGCUUUACUGACAUGCUAGUUCAGCAUAUCCCCUCUGCCAAAGAAGCUGCAGCAAAGAAGAUAGAGCAUAUAUACACUGGGCCUCAGGAUUCAUAUAUUGCUGAGGCUAUGAAGGACUGUGAUCCUACUGGGCCUCUGAUGGUUAACAUCACAAAACUAUAUCCCAAGUCAGAUUGCAGUGUCUUUGAUGCUUUUGGGAGAGUUUAUAGUGGUACGAUCCAGACUGGUCAGACACUGCAAGUGCUGGGAGAAGGUUACUCGCCUGAUGAUGAAGAGGACCGAACAGUUAAAGAAGUGACUAAGUUAUGGGUCUUCCAGGCUCGUUACCGGAUUCCGAUCAGUAAAGCACCUGCUGGUUCUUGGGUUCUUAUCGAGGGUGUUGAUGCUUCGAUCAUGAAGACUGCAACAUUGUGUCCUUUGGAUAUGGAGGAAGAUGUUUAUAUCUUUAGACCACUUCGCUUUAAUACUCUUCCAGUUGUGAAGACUGCAACUGAACCAUUGAAUCCAAGCGAGUUACCCAAGAUGGUGGAGGGUCUUCGGAAGAUAAGCAAAAGCUAUCCCCUAGCUAUUACCAAAGUUGAAGAAUCUGGCGAGCACACUAUACUUGGAACAGGCGAGAUAUAUCUGGAUUCCAUUAUGAAGGACCUUAGAGAGCUUUACUCAGAAGUUGAGGUUAAGGUGGCGGAUCCUGUAGUCACUUUCUGCGAAACUGUGGUGGAGUCUUCCUCAAUGAAAUGUUUUGCUGAAACACCCAACAAGAAGAACAAGAUCACCAUGAUUGCAGAGCCUCUCGAAAGGGGAUUGGCAGAUGACAUUGAGAAUGGUGUUGUAAGUAUUGACUGGGAUCAGAAGACGAUUGGUGACUUCAUGAUAAACCGCUAUUCAUGGGAUAUUCUUUCUGCGAGGUCCAUAUGGGCUUUUGGACCUGAUAAACAGGGACCAAACAUUUUACUAGAUGAUACUCUCCCCAGUGAAGUCGACAAAAACUUGUUGGGUGCUGUUAAAGAUUCCAUAGUGCAGGGGUUCCAGUGGGGAGCUCGAGAAGGACCUCUGUGUGAUGAGCCCAUCCGGAAUGUGAAGUUCAAAAUCAUGGAUGCAGCUAUUGCAGCUGAGCCUCUUCACCGAGGUGGUGGUCAGAUUAUUCCCACUGCCAGACGUGUGGCUUACUCCGCUUUUCUAAUGGCAACACCACGGCUUAUGGAACCUGUUUACUAUGUGGAGAUACAAACACCAAUUGACUGUGUUUCUGCAAUUUAUACUGUGUUGUCUCGGAGGCGUGGUCAUGUUACAGCUGACGUUCCUAAGCCAGGGACCCCUGCCUAUAUUGUGAAGGCUUUUCUUCCAGUUAUAGAGUCAUUUGGGUUUGAAACCGAUCUAAGAUACCAUACCCAAGGGCAGGCAUUUUGCAUGUCGUUGUUUGACCACUGGGCUAUAGUUCCUGGUGAUCCACUUGACAAAAGUAUAGUUUUGCGGCCAUUGGAACCAGCACCGAUCCAGCAUCUUGCUCGAGAAUUCAUGGUGAAAACAAGACGGAGAAAGGGAAUGAGUGAGGAUGUUAGCAUCAACAAAUUCUUUGAUGAGGCUAUGGUUGUCGAGCUUGCUCAACAGGCUGCGGAACUUCACUUGCAGAUGACUUGAUCCUGUUCAAAUGAUACCAUGGCGGCUAAUCUAGCUUGCUCAAUUGUCGGCAAGACUUCCAUCUC